GCGCAACGGAAACAUACUAUUAUUCUUCCAUCUCGACGUGUUGGACGACUCUCAUUUUGCAUUCGACGACCAGUUGGUGCGGUCGCGUCCGUCGUCGCAGUGCCACCGCCAUGCCUGCCGCCGCCACUGCUCCUGCUGAUAGGAACGAGUCAUCGUCUUCCUCUGCAUGUAUCUCCCCGUUUGACGACAUCCCACAACUCAAGACGUUUGAACGCGUGGUCAAGAUCGAACUGGACAACGUCCACGGAUGCGAAGAACAGUUCCUGCGCUCGUCCACAGGUCUGUCGUCGGAAAUGAAGGACCUCGGACACAAGUAUGGUCAGACGUACUUUUCGUUUGUCCUCGGCGGAGCGCUCUGUUCGUCGUCUCGACUCGGAGACCUCAAUCGUGACGAAGUGAUGGCACUCGCUACCGACAUCGUGCAUCGCAUGGUGAGUUCCCUGGACAAGUACGCUCCGUACAUCCUCCGCCUUGCGUGUGCAUACAUCUUGCGGGAGUUUGAAGUCGCAUUUCCCAACAGCACCCGCGGCACCACGAUUGUCGUCGGCGGGUGUCUUAUCCUUCGGCUCAUCUGCCCGACUUUAAUCAAGCCUGAGCUCAUGGGGUUCGAAGCCCAUACCCCGCACACGCUUCCGAACGCGAUUCUACUCGCCAAGCUGCUCCAACAUGCGAUGCGCGGCACCCACUUCGACGUCGCGUCCGACGACAUGUACUACGCGAACGAGUUUGUGUCCAAGACCAAGGAUCUGGUCUCGGCCUACUUGGGCGCGUUUCCCAGUACCCUCAAAACCAGCUCAAGUCUGGAUAAGCUCGAAGCCAACGAUCAAGACAGCGAAGUGCGCGCCGGUGACAGGCCGUACCUCGAACCGCCAGCGCUCCAUCGAUGGACAUCGGGGUCCAUCUCGUGGCACUCCAAGAGCCCGAACCACCUCCAUGCGUCGUCGUUCGGGACGAGUCCGAAGCGGAGGUUCAGUCUACGCAACCUGUUCAAGCCCAGGUCCUCGGAGCAGCAGCAGCACCUUCGGACCCCUCCGACCUCCUCCAUCACAUCGUCUCCCCCGCUGUCGCCGGCACAUCGAUGUCGGCAUUGCGGCAAGUGACGCCCAUGUUCGUUAGAUGUGUGUGUACCCUGUUUGGAAGCCCAGUAUUUAUUCUUCGUGAAACGGUCGAUAUUUUUGGAACAUGUUCUCCGGAUAUAGUAGAGGAGCAUACCGGAUAACAAUAAAACGCCUCGAAAAAGCGCGUUUUUUGCAAC